UCAGAAGUAAUUUCAAGAGAAAAGUGAUGCACGACUACAAGGGCAUAUGUUUGUGUUAUAAGCAUUGUUUUAGGCUACUAUACCUAUCCAACCAGUAGCUUUGCCUCAAAAGAAAUCGGAUAUUCAAGCAACGGGGAAAGUAAAACAGGCUCAAAAAGGAUCAAAAAAAUGUCUAUCCAAUCCAAUUCUCACUCCUGCUAGUGAUGAAUUCCCAACUGAGAACUGGGAUGGUGAAUGGAUAGCACCAAAGGAAAUUAUAGCGGGAAAGUCGUUACCCGUGAAAGUGAAGAGGGACGCAAAGCCGGAAGAAGUGGAUCGUGCUUCAGCUUUGAGCAAAACUGCACAGGUCAUCAAGACCCCGGAAGUUACACAUGGAUUGGAACUUACCGAGAAGGCGCUGACUCCUCCUGCAGAGACGACUCCAAAGAAAGAAAAACCGAGCCAAAUUUGGCGUGGCGAAAGAACAAUUGGGCCUCCAGAAAAUAUAGGGAAUAUUGCAGCGGUAAGUAGUUAGUA